ACAUGAUGGAUGGAUAUGUGUGUGCGGUGUUUUGUAGCAGGGUCAGAUAACGUUGAAGGACUUUGUCCCAAUCUACAGAGAAUGUAGCAGGAAAGCAAGCGCGCCGAGAGAGAACAGCCUGCAGUUCGUAGAUUCCGAUCACGCAGUAAACAUGGCAGGCAGGACCAUCGCUAAGUUGCUCUUCAACCAGGCCCAAUCCAAUGUGAUCCGGCCGCAAUUCGCUAACAGCGUUAAAUUCUACAGUGCAGCUCCCAGCUACGAGUUUAUUAAGGUCGAGAAGGUCGGCGAGAAGAAAAAUGUUGGUCUGAUCACAUUGAACAGACCGAAGGCGUUGAACGCCCUCUGCAACGGUCUGAUGACCGAGGUGAGCAACAUCAUCGAAGACUUCGAGAAGGACAAUUCCGUCGCCGCCAUCGUCAUCACCGGAAGCGAGAAGGCUUUCGCCGCCGGCGCCGACAUCAAGGAGAUGCAGAACAACACCUACUCGAAAUGCAUCAGCGGAAACUUCUUGUCGCAUUGGAACCGCGUCGCCGAUUGCACGAAGCCAGUGAUCGCCGCAGUCAACGGUUACGCCUUGGGAGGCGGCUGCGAGUUGGCCAUGAUGUGCGACAUCAUCUACGCCGGUGAAACAGCCAAGUUCGGACAACCGGAAAUCCUCUUGGGCACCAUCCCCGGAGCAGGUGGUUCUCAGCGUCUGCCCAGGUACGUCGGUAAGUCGAAGGCGAUGGAGAUCGUCCUCACCGGUGAUCAGGUGAACGCCGUCGAAGCUGAGAAGAUGGGUCUCGUCAGCAAGAUCUUCCCUGUUGGAGAACUCGUCAGUCGGGCUAUUAAAUUGGGCGAGAAGAUCGGCAAGAACUCGCCGCUCAUCGUGAGCAUGGCCAAGGAGUCCGUCAACACCGCCUACGAAACCACUUUAGCCGAAGGUCUUCACUUCGAGAAGAGGACUUUCCACGGUACCUUCGCAACCAAAGACCGUAUGGAAGGCAUGACCGCAUUCGUCGAGAAGCGUCCGGCCAACUUCACCAACGAAUAAAAGCAGGGCAUACAUAAGUAAACAAACACUAAUAUACUGAUCGAAUUAUUCUCUUUUGUAUACAAUUUAUAAUGUAAUAAAUUUACAAUUUUCUUACGUCGAUUUUACCAAAAA